AUGCAAUCACUCGUCCUCCCUCCUGCUUCGUUUGUGGCCCCAGAUUUCGGACGUCUUCAAUACUUUGGCCCCGAACGGCUUCCGUUGAACCAACCUCGAACUGCAAAUGCUCGGCGGAGCACGCCGCGGGACCUUCCACCCCCAAGCUCUAUGUCCCGCCCAUCCCCAGUCGAAGAUCCGCUGGAGACCCUAAGAAAUGUUAGGCGGCCCGUAUAUCCAGAGCUGCCGCAGCCGCUGACCACGGCGGCUGUUACCACAGCCGGAGGCACGGUGACAUCGACAUCAAUCAGCACGCCAGGGUCGAUUCUUUCUCCGGUAUCUCCAGAUUCAGCCAUUGGACAUGGUUCUGCGCUGCAUCAUCUCGGGACAGCGCCGGGCGAUGAGACACUACGUCAGCCGCUGGCCUACAGCGAGCCGUUUCCUUCUGCACGAUUACCUCAAUCGCUUACAGCACAGCCUUCCUCACAAUCUUUGACUGCGACGUAUCCGCAACCUACGUUUGGAGCUUCCGCUGCUGGGCCAGCAUCUCGUACACUCCCACAGAAGACCACGCGGCGAACCAAAGCACAUGUUGCAUCCGCAUGUGUGAACUGCAAGAAGAAGCAUCUGGGAUGCGACCCGGCUCGGCCGUGUCGGAGGUGUGUGUUGUCGAACAAAGAGUCUACAUGUAUCGAUGUCACGCACAAGAAACGAGGACGACCGCCACUGAAAGCCGAAGAGGGAUCGGUUAGGACAUACGCGACCCAGAUGGAUACUAGAGGAGGACUUGGAGACCAGGGAGCGCAGACAAGACGCUCAAUGCACCGCGCAACCUCUUCUCGCGAGCUUCGCCCGAUGACAGAUCUCCACAUGCACAGCUCUCAAGCAGGGCCGAUGGGAGUGCGGCUGGCUCCGGGGCAGCCCCAGCGAUGGCCGAUAGGGUAUCCACAUGGAAUUGACCCUGCCUUGACAACACAAAGAGCCAUAGGCCACAGACGGUUUUCGUCGUCGGGAAGUGCGCAGUCUAUGACUGCAGUUUCCCCGCCAGGAUACGUUCCCAUGGCUGCAGGCUAUAAUCCGGCUCUGGCAGCUGGCCGUAUGCCUGCAGGUGUGGGAGUGGGAAGGCCCAUUCCGACAUAUCCAGGGCAAGGGUUACCCCAUGUUCCGUCGCCUCCUCAAUACCACCAACCGUACGGCGUCCCGAUUUCUUCGUACCCAGAGGGAACAAGAGCGGUGAACCGGAUACCGAUGGGUGAAAGCGCCGUCCCCGCCCCUAGAGAUCCCCGUGAAAGUAUGAGUAUGGCAGAGUCUCCGGUCAGACUCCCUCCGAUAUAUCCUUCACCCGUGUCGAAUCCCCAACCCCGACCGAACGAUCCGUAUUCAACAUGGUCACCGUCGCAGCAGCACCAGCCGCCGUCCCAAAUGCAAGACCCGCGCCAGCAGCAGCAGCAGCAGACUGGAUACGUGGAACCAACAUCACCGAGCAACCAGAUGCGCCAGAUCGCACCCGAGAUGAGCUAUUUAAGCCAGCUGGGCGGGAGCUCUCCCAGUGAGGGCUACCCGCAGCAACUUCCAGGAACUCGCACACACGACGAGCGCCGGGGAUCCGAUAUCGAGGAUGGAGACUCGUCACGGCCCGCCAAGCGUCGAAAAAUGGCCCUGAAUGAUAUGGUGAACGACUAG